AUGGAGCCAAGGGGGGCCCGUUUGCGGAACCGAGAAGGGCUGGGAAGGGAGCAACCUGCUGGAGAAGGAAACACUGAGACGCACAGAGCCCCAGAUUUGGUGCAAUGGACCCGACAUAUGGAGGCUGUGAAGACUCAAUUGCUGGAGCAAGCACAGGAACAGCUGGUGGAGCUGAUGGAUCGGGCCAUGUGGGAGGCUGUGAAAUCCUACCCACAAGAAGACAAAGCUCUGCCUUCCACUCCCCCAGCUUCCUCGAGCAAGACGCGUGAGUCAUCCUUUGGAAAACGAAAAGUUUUCAUCAUACGCAAGUCUCUGCUUGAUGAGCUGAUGGAGGUGCAACACUUCCGUACCAUCUAUCACAUGUUCAUCGCCGGCCUGUGUGUCUUCAUCAUCAGCUCUUUGGCCAUCGACAUCAUUGACGAGGGAAGGCUGGGACUAGAGUUGGACCUACUGAUCUUCAGCUUUGGACAGCUACCCUUGGCGCUGAUAACAUGGGUCCCCAUGUUCCUGUCUACUUUGCUGAUACCCUACCAGGCUCUGCGCCUAUGGGCCAGGCCUGCAGCUGGUGGAAUCUGGAUGCUGGGUGCAGGCCUGGGCUGUGUGCUUCUGGCUGCCCAUGUAGCACUACUCUGCCUCCUCCCAGUCCAUGUGGCUGUGGAGUGCCAGCUGCCCCCUGCCUCCCGCAGUGUGCUCGUCUUUGAGCAGGUGAGGUUCCUGAUGAAAAGCUACUCCUUCCUGAGAGAGGUUGUGCCCGGGAUCCUUUGUACAAGAGGAGGUAAGGGCACGGGGGUCCCCCGUUUCUCCAGCUACCUCUACUUCCUCUUUUGCCCCACCCUCAUCUACAGAGAGACUUACCCCAGGACACCCAACAUCAGGUGGAGUUAUGUGGCCAAGAACUUCGCUCAGACUCUGGGCUGUUUGCUCUAUGCUUGUUUCAUCCUGGGCCGUCUCUGUGUCCCUGUCUUUGCCAACAUGAGCAAGGAACCCUUCAGCACCCGUGCCCUGGUGCUCUCCAUCCUGCAUGCCAUGGUGCCAGGCAUUUUCAUGCUGCUGCUCAUAUUCUUCGCUUUUCUGCACUGCUGGCUCAAUGCCUUCGCAGAGAUGUUGCGGUUUGGAGACAGAAUGUUCUACCGGGACUGGUGGAACUCGACAUCCUUCUCCAACUACUACCGCACGUGGAAUGUGGUGGUCCAUGACUGGCUGUACAGCUACAUCUAUCAGGAUGGGCUCUGGCUCCUUGGUGGCCGGGCCCGAGGGACAGCCAUGCUGGGCACGUUCCUGAUCUCUGCCAUGGUACAUGAGUACAUCUUCUGCUUCGUCCUGGGAUUCUUCUACCCGGUCAUGCUGAUGCUCUUUCUUGGCUUUGGGGGGCUGCUGAACUUCGCCAUGAAUGACCGGAACACAGGCCCAGCGUGGAAUGUCCUGAUGUGGACCUUGCUCUUCCUGGGCCAAGGCCUCCAAGUCAGCCUGUACUGCCAGGAGUGGUAUGCACAGCGCCACUGCCCCCUGUCCCAGACGACAUUCUGGGGACUGGUGACACCUCGAUCUUGGUCCUGCCACCCCUAG